UCUUCUCGAAGAGGAAACAAAAAAAAUCAGAACCAGAAGAAGAAAAGGAAGAGGAACAGAGCAGAAGGGAGAAACAAUUCGAGUCUCUGAUUAGUUUUAGGGUUCUUCAGAUCUCUGCAGAAAUGUCUUCAACUUUCAGCGGAGAUGAAACUGCUCCCUUCUUCGGCUUCCUCGGAGCCGCUGCAGCUCUCGUCUUCUCCUGCAUGGGUGCUGCAUAUGGUACUGCGAAGAGUGGCGUCGGUGUUGCAUCCAUGGGUGUGAUGCGGCCUGAGCUUGUUAUGAAAUCGAUCGUUCCAGUUGUUAUGGCUGGAGUUUUGGGUAUUUAUGGUUUGAUUAUUGCUGUUAUUAUCAGUACAGGAAUAAACCCCAAGGCAAAGUCCUACUAUCUGUUUGAUGGGUAUGCUCACUUGUCGUCCGGUCUGGCUUGUGGCCUUGCUGGGCUCUCUGCUGGAAUGGCGAUCGGGAUUGUUGGUGAUGCUGGAGUCCGGGCCAAUGCACAACAGCCAAAGCUUUUUGUUGGAAUGAUCCUCAUCCUCAUUUUUGCGGAAGCGCUUGCCCUCUAUGGUCUUAUUGUGGGUAUCAUUCUCUCCUCCCGAGCAGGCCAAUCCCGGGCAGACUGAAGAUCGCAAAGCACUGGCUAUCUUGAAGCCCUUCCUGUCAUAAUUAAAUGGUGGAGGGAAAGAACUACAGGAUUCAGAUGAUCUUUGAUUUAUUAUUCAUUUGUGAUAAAACCAAGUUGAAAGACUUGUAUAUGUGGUCUCAAAUUAAACUAAUUUUUUUUAAAGUUUUUGGCUUCGGGAUAUAAUGUUACCACUUUCUGAUUGUUGGUACUAUACUACUAUCUACUGGUGACAUAUCCAUCAUUCCAUUCCCAUUUGACCGCU